AUGUCUGUAGCUUUUGUUCAGUAUAUUUGCUUAAAAGUGAACACCAAAGCAGGCGUGUGUUAAAACUUCUAUAUCUCAGUUUCACUUUCACAUCAAGCCAGCAGGCUUUGGUGAAGCAUGAACCGAGCUGCCGCAUGAGGAGACAUCAUGGAGACGAAGAGCAGAGUCCCGCAGGAGUCCUCCUGCUUUAACGGGACUUUUUCCGCGCUAACCGUCAACGAUGUGUACGAAAUAGCGAAGCUGAUCGGAGCCGAGGUGGAGAAGCUGAUCGACGGCUACGGCAAAGAGAGCGUGGAGGGUCUGGUUCCGAAGAUAGUGAAGGUGCUGGAGCUGCUGGAGAGCUUCGCCUCCACGAACCAGGCGCGCGCUCUGAAGGAAGAGGAGCUGCUGAAGACCUUCGAGCAGCUGCAGCUCCAACAGCAGAGGAAGCGGGGAGGGAAGGACGGCGACGAGGGCAGCGACAAAAACCAACUACGGGAGCUGCAGCAGAAGGAGGAAGAGUGGAAGAGGAGAUGUGAGGAGCUACAGGUCCAGGUGCAGCAGCUGCAGGAGGACAGGAAGGAGCUCCAGAGCAGGCUGGAUGGCUCCAGUGCUCAGGAAGACCGUAAUCACAGGCAGGAGCGGCAGGUGAUGCUGAAGCUGAAGGAGGUGGUGGACAAGCAGAGAGAUGAGCUGAGGGCUAAGGUCCAGGAGAUCGCUACAGUCUCCAAAGAGGUGGAGGCGCUCCAGGAGCAGUUGGACCGCUUCAUGAAAAUGAACGCAGAGCUGCGGCACAAGCAGAACGUGCUUCAGACGCAGCUGACGAGCAUCGUGGAGAGGAAGGCCGACUUGGAGACCGACCUUAAGGAGAAAAACAAGGAGAUAGAACGGCUCCAAACACAGCUGAAUAGCGUCAAUGGGCACAGCCCUCCCAGUCCGCACCAAACAGUACAGUCGACAAAAAAGUCGACCCAACAGCCAACCACUGAGAAGAACGACCCCGAUCAGCCAUGCUUCACAAAGAAAGAGGUGCGGGACAUUUUGUUUGAGAGGAACGAGCUGAAAACCAACCUCUUCCUGGUGCAGGAGGAGCUCAACUACUAUCAGAGGGAAAUUUUGAAUGAGGAGAGGUGCCCAGGCUUUCUUCUGGAAGCGGUCCGGUCGGCGAUCAAAAAGCGAAGGAAGCUGAUAAAGGCAAAGAUGCUGGGGAUUCCUCUGAGCGACUGCAGCAUCAGUGACGAGGAAGAGACGAGUUCUCUGUACGGGCAGACAGAAGUGGACGGCUCAGAGGUGGACGGACCAACCAAACCAGCCGAGUCACGCAUUCGAAGCCUCUUCGGCUUUCUGACGCGUUCGGGGAGCAGCAGGAGUCCCACCCAAAUGAGCAGCUCUCCCUCCAGCUGGGAAAUCCUGGAUGAAUCCGAGGCGAGCGAAGAGCCAGAGCAACAGCUGGCUUCUUAACUCUGCAUUGAGAUUACGUCGUGCUCUUCAGCCACUCCUGUUCUCAUUCUGAAGCUCGUUGCACAGACUGGGAACUUUAAGGCAUUUCUAACGCAAAGGUCUAAUAGCAAGCCAUUGACGUUCUCACUUUGCAGUUCUGUUUCAAUUUUGCUCAGUCGGAGCUUAAACACUGCACAAACGGUACAGAGUAUACAGCAGGAGGCACUUUUGGAAUCCCUAUUUUUUAUGGUUCAGAAAUUAAAACAAUCAGCGAGAUAUAAAUAUAUUUGUUUUAAAAACAUUUAAAUGUUUUAGAUUUUGAGAAAUAUACCGUAUUAUAUUUUUAUAUAUUUAUCAUCUGAUUUGUUUGUUUUUGUUUUUGCUAUAACCAAAGAAAAGAGCAUUUAAUGUUAAUGAAUUAACAUCCAGAUAGUCCAAUAUAAUGGAGGGAUUGUGUUUUUUUAGUAUGGUAGGUGUCAGAGGAAGUUCUCAUCUGUUCCACAUGGGGGCAUUUUUUAUAAAAGGUGAAUACAGGUUGUCCUUAACCCUCUGUAGUUGAUUUUAGAGUUUACUUUAGUACUUUUCAGUAUUUUAAGCACUUUUAUCCAUAGGGAAGAUUCUACUCCUUACGCCUUAAUUAACCAUUUACAUUAUUACAGAUGCCUUUUCCUCCUCAGUCAUUAAUUAUCUAAACUGAACAACAGUAUAGCCUGCUGUGUUUUUUUUAACAUUGAAGCCAUAUUAAUCUGUGAUUGGCUGUCCUUCUUGACUUGAUUUUAUGCAUAUUUUCAAACAAGCCUGUUCCAGCCAACAUGAUGUCACUGCUCUUCCCCUCCUCUAAAUGCACUACUCAGAGGGUUAAUGUCUUUGAGGGACACUGAGUGAACCACCCCUGAAAUAAAUGUUUGGAGUUUAUUUCUUGUAACAAUUAUUUCAGGAGGAAUUAACAAUUUGGAUGUUAAGUGACUGCAAAAUUCAGUUUUUCAAUAAAAAAAUCAUGCACUGAAAAACUGAAA